CGGAGCCGCAGGAGAGAGAUAGAGAGGAGAGGCAGGCUGUGGAGGAGAAGACGCAAAGCCUCAUCUCUGCCUGGAGAUGACAGAUACUUUCAUCUCACACUGAACAAUCGGAUUUCACUCGGCCGCCAUGUAUUUCGGUAAUGUGUGUCACAGCGUUCUGCCGCCGCUGGCUCGUCCCACUCUGGGCAGGACCCAGCCCUCCCCGGACGCAAAGCCCCUUCUCCCCUUCCACCUGCUGCCCGGAUUCACUGACAUGGAUCACGUCCAUAAAGCUCUGAUUGGCCCAGGCUUCGGCCUAACCUCGCCGCUGAAGAGGAAGGCCAGCUCCUGUGGAGUCUGUCGACUGAGGUUCAACUCUGAGGUGCAGGCUUCUUCCCAUUAUAGUGGAACCAAACAUGCAAAAAGGCUGAAAGCUCUGGACGCCCCUGAUCCAAAGAUCAGGACCUGUGAACCGGUAGCCAAGGAAACCACAUCGCAAAUGCUCUCGUCGCCCUGCUUGCAGCCCUCCAGCUCUGACACAACAUCAGGAGAACCCUCAGAUCCAAACACCGCUGCCUCAGAGGCAGCGCCAUCGAGCUGCAGCCCCUCCGAAACUGUGAAAGCACCGUCCGACCCCUCCCUGUCGCCCGGCUCGAGAACGCCGGAGAAAGAGACACAAAGAGAUGGCGAGGUGGAGGUGGCUCCAGAGGGGGAAACGGAAGAAGAGAAAGCCAAACGCCUUCUCUACUGCUCGCUCUGCAAGGUGGCCGUCAACUCCGCCUCCCAGCUGCAGGCCCACAACAGUGGCACAAAGCACAAGACAAUGCUGGAGGCACGGAGCGGCGAUGGAGCCAUCAAGUCCUUCCCAAGGACCGGGGUCAAGGCCAAGUUGGCUGCGCCGUCUGAGUUGGCAACUGGACUCCAGAAUAAAACUUUCCAUUGUGAGAUCUGCGACGUGCACGUCAACUCUGAGACUCAGCUCAAACAGCACAUCAGCAGUAGGAGACACAAGGAUAGAGCAGCAGGUAAACCAGCCAAGCCUAAAUUCAGCCCCUACACUCCCACCCCGCGUCACCAGGGUUUCCAGGCGAUUCAUCUGGCUCUACGGAAGAACCAGGACAUGACCAAACCUCUGGCCUCGUGUCUCCUACAGCGUCAACUCUCCGUUGCCGCUGCCGCUGCUAUGGCAACGCUGCCAUCCUUCCCUCUCCGCCCUGCCUCAAACUCGAGCCCCAGCCUGUUUCAGAGUCAGACCCUCCCCCAGGCGCUGCUGCAUCCGGCCCCUGGACCCAUCUGUUCAACACAUACGCCGGUUCUGUUUUCCCCCUACUGACCCAUUGACGUCUCAGUCAGCUCUGAACUGCAGCUGAAAGCAGACUUGAGAUCUGAACAAGAUGUGAUGUAAGCCAGCACUUACUGUACUCCACGUAACAACAGAUGCUCUGGGUUUCAUGGACCAGGACUGAAAACUAAUCGCAGUCACGUUUCCACCCAACGUACCCAGAACUUUUAGUCCUAGGAACAACUUUUAAAAGAACUAAAAUGCUCCCUCAGAUCGCUGCGUUUCCAUCGCAGCCCGAAGACCUGUGAAGAUUAGCCAAAUUAGUCCGCUGAUGUAUGACAACUGUCUUUACACAACAUUUUUGAGUGUGACUCAAUAAGGCAUGAGCUUUGUCGUCAGUCCAUCUUUCAUAUGCUUUCUUCUUUAUUUCCAUGUUGAUGUGUUGAGGCACAAAAAACAAAGUAGCUUGUGCCUGCAGAUUUUUUAAAAUGCUGCACGAACUCGACCAAUCAGAAAUAUUUGGUGCAAGCCCAUCGCCAAAGAUCCUGUACAGGGACAUGGGGGGUAAAAUAAUGUCCCUUGAGCUUAAUUUAGACCAGGUGUGGGAAACGAUUCAACUCAACUUUUUCAAACAUCCAUUCAGACCAUAUUAAAUAUCGUAUUAAUCUCUAAUGCGAUGGAUGGAACUGCUUCUCUUUGGUGAUGCGCCUGAUGUCAGAUGGUUUUCCAGGUUUAGGUCAGUCAGUCUUGAGCAGAACCGCGUCUUACCGAGAGGCUUGGCAACUGACACUCUGGAGCAAUUUUACUUGGUCUGGUGCUAGCAGCUCCGCAGUAACAACAUGGCUCUCCUUUCAGCUUUUGACCCAUUAGCUGACUCGCCUGCAUAACACCGUCUAUGUCAGGAUGUGGUCUUGUGAAAGCUGCUUGUUGGGCACCCAAACCCUGCUCACGAGCAUUUGUCCUUGCAAGUCAUCCAGUUUAGCACGUUUGUUGCUGUGAGGACGCACAAGGUUUGCCGCUCUCAUCACUGCAAGCGCGUCCCCACAAACUAACUAAGGCACACUGGCUUUCCUUUUACUUCAACAAAAAGUAAUGGUCUGUCCAUUUUUCUUGGAAAGCACUGACUCUUUGCAUCUUUUGUUUUCUUGCCAGUCGCCACAAUUCACCAAUGUUACAUCAGCACAACUGCUACCUGUGUGUUGCGUUCAGGGAAGGACGUGUUAGUCGAUUAUUUUAUGUAAUUUUCUUUUAUGUCUUAGAAAAAAAGUCAUUGCUGUCUAGAGGAUUUUUUUUUUUUUUGUAUUUGUGAGUUGCUUUUUUGUACUCGUGAAUUGCCUCUCAGACCAGAUCAAACCGUUUCACAGGCUGCAUACAGCGCGGAAACCAGAAGUUCCCUGCCCCUGAUUUAGAUCCUGGUCCCUGCAGUGGAAACGCGCUGCACCCUCCAAAGGUUCCUUGUCCCUGGGGAAAGGUCUUGCGGUGGAAACGCGGCUCAUGAGCAAGGUUGCGAUGGAGGAAGUACAAAGCAGUGUGUUUUCUGAUAUGAGCGUGUGUGAAUGUGUGAGUGCAUGCACAGAUAUAGCCAUCCCAGAAGUACUAUUUAGUAACUAUUUAUGUGUUGGCUGCACUACUACUUCAUUCCUCCAGCAAGAAACAAGUUUUAUAGAUGCUGAUAAUCUAUAUGACAAUCAAGGAAGUCCCAGUUAAAAAUGGCCUCUUUAAUUCAGUACAGGUAUAAAGGAGAGGCACCUUCCAUGAUGACUAUAACUGUGUCUGUUAAGUAUGAAUCAGAGCAUGUUUGACUGAAGGUGUUUAUUAUUUUCCAAUAAACAAUAGCUGUGGAUACUCA